AUGUCGGAUUUAUUAGACAAGUACAGGGCUUCACGGAGGGCCAACGAUGGUCGUAUAAGUCCACCAUCAAGAAGUGCUUUAUACCCGCGUUUAUCUUCACUUGAUCGAGAAGGAUACACUUCAGAUCGAUACACUGAUGUUUCUUCCUCAACAGCGGGUUUAAGGGAUAAAUUGGCCUCUGAAAGAACUCGGUAUCAACCUUCAGUGGUAUCUAAGUACGACCUUUAUUCAGAUGCAGUUAAAGAUAGGGGUGUUUCCUUCUCGGAUGGGGUCAAGUUGGAUUCGUCUUUUGCAACGCGAUUGGGGAGGAAUGAUCUAGAUGAUAAAAGAACUAAAACCAAACCCCAUGGAAGAAAUUACGAAUUAGAUGGAUUGAGGAAGAAUUUAGAGGCCAAAUAUGGUUUGGCGUCGAAUGAAGCAACGGAAAGAUCUUCGAGAAUACUUGGCUCCCCACUUAAACCACUAAACGCCGCGCAAAGAAGAUCAAGAAAUGAAAUUAGUAGAAGGUUUGCCGAUUCUUCACCUUACACCAGAGACAAAUACAAAGUCACAAAGCCAGCUACUGAAACGCCCCACAGUAAUGGAUUCCUAUCGAGAAUCGUCCACUAUUUCACCUCGAACGAGCACAAUGACUAUGAUGGGGCCAAGGAUUCGCUGAACUCCGACUACCUUGACAAUCAUCGGGGGAAAAGAGUAAGCUUUAGUGACGAUAUUGGGCGUGACGACUUUGAUGAGGUAGAUGAGGUGGUGACGCGGGCAAGAGAGAAGGAGCGAUUAUUGGCAUUGGAAAACUUCCGAUCUUUGGAAAGAGAACACAAGAAGGUUUUACUGCUAUUGGAGGAUAUCCAGUUGGAAAAUAAAAAGCUAAAAUCCGAGUUGAGCAGAGUUCAUGAUACUUUUACGGCAAAAUUGGACGAGAUUGAAAAUGACUUGUUCAAUAAAACUGUCGAAGCUGAUCAAUUGCGAGUCAAUAGUGAGCGCAAACAUACUGAAGAAAUCACUCAACUUAAAGCUGCACAUGAAGCAGAGGUGUUAAGACUACGGAAGUCUAAUGAAAAGGAGUUGACACAAUUGAAACUGAUUCAUGAGGAAGAAGUGCGCCAGCUUAAAGAUGAAAAUUCGACACUUCAUAAAAGGAUUAGAGAGUUGGACGAGAGGCUUUUCGAUACAGGGUUUGAGCUUAAACAAGCGGGACAAGAACUUGACUUGCAAGUGCGGAAGAAUCGCGAGAUACAAGUGGAAAUGUCAUUAAGAGAUCGAUUCCGCGCCGCUAAGCUUCCGGCAGAAGAGGUGAACGAUUACUUCAUAAAGUCGUCACGUAUCGAACAAAAGAUUGAAAAAUUACGAAAACAAGUCGAAUCUCCGUCGCCAAAGCCUCAACAGUUUUUGAAAACCGAUACUAAUAUCGAAGAAAACUUGAGAGCGUUAGAAAAAAUGACAAAAUCAUUUCAGUUUAGUGGACUUGGUGAUUGUGAAAGGUACUACGAAGUAGCACAUAAAUUCUUGACUGAUGCAUCGAACAAAUCGGAAGACACUAUCCAACAAUUAGAACUUGACAAUGAAUCGAAUCCAUCGCGAAUUUUAUCCGAGUAUUUAACGUUGAAGAAAUUAAAUGAAUUAAGCUACCGAUUGUGUUCAGUAAAGGAGCUCAUAAAUGACUGCAUCGUAUUGCUGGAGUUUAAAGACAGUGAUGCUAAUAUUAACGACAUCUAUUUGAGAGUGAAGCUGGAAAUUUUCUAG